AUGACGUCAACGUCGAAGAUUGAACUCGCGGAAGGGCUUUCUUCGGAUCCCGUGAAGCGCGAACGCCACCCACCCUGGUAUCCACCCAAGCAAAAGGACGCCAAAGGACUCUAUCUGAUGUCCUCCCUCACGGAAUGCAACGAGGCGUUCGCUCCGCGCGAGGGUUCCGUGGUGCGCUGGUAUACCUGCGGCCCGACGGUGUACGACCUUAGUCAUAUGGGGCACGCCCGCGCCUACCUCACCUUCGAUAUCAUCCGGAGAAUCAUGGAGGACUACUUUGGCUACGCUGUCAUCUAUCAGAUGAACAUCACCGACAUCGACGACAAGAUCAUCAAGCGCGCACGCACCAACAAGCUGCUUGAGGACUUUAGGAAGCACACCCUGAAGGGCGACGACCUCGUGCAGUUGCGUGAGUUCACCAAGAGGGCGCUCACCGCGGCGACGGCCAGCCUAGCGGCGCGGCAGGAAAAGUUGACGAGGCCCCUGCUCGACGGCGCCAGCAGCCGUGCCCGCGCCGAGAGGGAGGAAAAGCUGCUCGAGCUGGAGCUGAAAAAGGGGCAGCUUGAGGAGACGAAGCAAACGAUCGCCGCCGCCGCGGCGGGGACCGACUUCGACGCCCUGUUCGACGCCGCGAGCGGGGUGAAUGGGGAAUUCCUGGACGAGCUCGAGGGGCAUGCCGUGAUCGAUCAGCAGAUCUUCGAGGAGCACGCCCGGUUCUACGAGCGGACCUUCUUUGAGGAUAUGGCGCGUCUGGGAAUUCGUGAGCCGGAUGUCGUGACGCGGGUGACGGAGUAUGUGCCGCAGGUGGUGGCGUUCGUGCAGAGGAUCCUCGAUAACGGCUUCGCCUACCAAAGCCAAAGCUCCAUCUUCUUCGACACCGAGGCGUUCGUGCGGGCCGGUUACGACUACCCGAAGCUAAAGCCCGGUGGCGACCGCGAGACUACGGAGGAUGAGAUGGCCGAGGGCGAGGGUGCGCUUUCCAAAAGUGUCGAGGGUGAGAAGCGCAGCCCGAACGACUUCGCGCUGUGGAAGUUCUCGAAACCUGGCGAGCCGCGGUGGCCGUCCCCAUGGGGGGAUGGUCGGCCUGGAUGGCAUAUCGAGUGCUCCGUCAUGGCGUCCGACGUCCUCGGCGAUAACCUCGAUAUCCACAGCGGAGGGUGGGACCUGAAGUUUCCCCACCAUGACAACGAGUGCGCCCAGAGUGAGGCGUUCGGGAUGAAAAAGCAAUGGGUGAACUACUUUAUGCACUGUGGGCAUCUGCACAUCAAAGGACUCAAGAUGAGCAAGAGCCUCAAGAACUUCAUCACGAUUCGCCAGUGCUUGGAUGAGCUUGGGGUGUCGCCACGGGCGAUGCGGCUCCUGUUCUUGUCUAAUCCGUGGCAUAAGCCGAUGAGCUUCUCGGAUCAGUCCCUUGAUGAGGCGUUUGAGAAGGAGCGCAUUCUCCGCGCCUUCUUCGGCAGCGUGGACGUCGUCCUACGUGGAGACAGCUGGGUGAAGCCCCAGGGCGCCGACGCGCACGAUCGCGAGCUGCUUAAACAGUGGGAGAAGACGGAAAAAGGGGUUCACGAGGCCCUUUGCAAUAACUUUGACACCCCCACCGCAUUGACGCUGCUCAUGUCAUUGGUAGCGUUCAUCAAUCGAUACAUGCUUUGCCCGGAGCGGCAGAGCUCCACCUUGCUGCGUAAGGUAUCGCGAUAUAUCACCCGCAUGUUUCAAAUCUUCGGGGUGAUCGAGGGCACCGACAUGGUGGGCCUCUCGCGAGGCGCGACGCACGGCGACGGCAACGCCGCGGAAGGCCGCCUUGCACAGGUGAUGGACGCGCUCGUGAGCUUUCGGGAUGCGGUGCGCGAUAUGGCGAAGCAGGAACGUGUCGCCGCCGCGUUUUUGCCUCUCUGUGACUACCUACGCGAUGAAGCGCUGGUGGAUGCCGGCAUUCGGCUCGAGGAUAACGCCACCGGCCCCACAACAUGGAAAAACGACGAGCCGGAAUCGCUCCGUAAGGAGCUGAUCGCACGCCGGGAAAAGGAGGAAAUGGGUCGGCUGGUGAAAUUGCAGAAUCAAAUUGAGACGAAGCAGAAACAGAUCAACAAGUGGCGGCAGUACAGUUACGACACGAAGGAAUUCUUCUCACGGCAGGAUAACGAACGCGAUGCCGCCGAAAAGAAGUUUUCCGCGUACGACCCGGAUACUGGCCUACCCUCACGUUUGGCAAACGGUGAGGCGGUGUCCGAGAAGGAAAUGAAGAAAUAUCAAAAGGAACUUGCCAAAUAUGCUAAACAAUACAACGAGUUCCAGGAAAAGGGAGGCUUGCACUGGUUGGAGCAGCAGCAACAAGAGUUGAAUGCGAUGGUGGAAGACCUCAAACGCUCGAAGUAA